AGAAGAACGAAAGUGCCAGAGAGGGGACACAGCUUUCAAUGACAGAUGUUGAACAGUUUUCACCUGGAUAAAGUGAUUGUUUUUUGGACAAAUACGUUACUAUCGAACAACAGUCUUACAAAAAGAAUAAACGUGUGAGGAAGGGAAUGGUGAAGAUGUCUUCGAGAACAGAAAGACAAUCAACUUGUUGACAGUCAAGUCAAGUGUUGAACUAUAUGAAAACAGACAGAUCGCUCAGGGAACGACAAGGGGACAACAACUACCAAUAGCUGAAAUUUUACACACAUUGUGAACAUUCAAAGACUGUGGUAUUAUUACCAGCACUUUAGAUAACUAGUUGUGAACUUCUGCAGAGCUUUCUGUCUUUUCAAUCGACUGUCUCUCAGAUAGUGGCUCGCUAUGUUUCCUCUAGAUUCUACGUGGAACAUUUCCUUUGCCGGUUGUGGUUUCUUGGGGAUCUAUCAUAUUGGUGUAGCGAGUUGUCUACUGGAACAGUGUCCUUUUCUAGUCCACAACGCUCGCCACAUAUACGGGGCAUCGGCAGGGGCGCUCACCGCAUCUGCGCUGGUCACCGGAGCGUGUUUAGGUGAGGCAGGCGCCAACAUCAUUGAUGUGGCUAAGGAUGCCCGGAAGCGUUUCCUGGGUCCUAUGCAUCCGUCUUUCAACCUGGUCAAGAUCAUGCGUAACAUGCUGUAUAAAACCCUGCCACCCGAUUCCCACCACAGAGCCACAGGGAGGCUGGGCAUAUCACUGACCAGGGUGACCGACGGAGAGAAUGUCUUGGUGUCCCACUUCAACAGCAAGGAGGAGCUGGUGCAGGCCUGUGUCUGCAGUGCCUACAUCCCUGUGUACUGUGGACUGAUCCCUCCGACACUGCAGGGUGUACGUUACGUGGACGGUGGUAUCAGUGAUAAUCUGCCUCAGUAUGAACUGAAGAACACCAUCACUGUGUCUCCAUUCUCUGGAGAGAGUGACAUCUGCCCCAGAGACCGAUCCACCAACAUGCAUGAACUACGAUUCACCAACACCUCCAUCCAGUUUACACUCACCAACCUCUACAGAGUGUCCAGAGCUCUGUUUCCCCCUGAGCCACAGGUUAUGAAGACCAUGUGUAAACAGGGAUAUAAAGAUGCCCUUCACUUCCUGAAGAAGAACGGACUACUGAAUCAUCCAGGACCCCACAGACCUCUGAUAGCUGACGGUGAGGAUGACGAAGAGGACAUCAUGAACGAGGAUGAUGAUGAGGAAGAGCAUGAGGAGCAUCAUGUAGAGAACGAGAUCAGACCCAGCGAGGAUGGGGUAGUGGUAAACCCCUCCCAAUCCGCCAUUGAGGAUCACAUCUUUGAACAUCUGCCACCCAGACUACACAAAGCUCUGGUUGAAGCCUGCAAGGAGAGAUACAGUCUGGUCCAGUCGCUAAGCAACCUGCUGCCAGUCAGGAUGGUGAUGGCUAUGAUGCUUCCCUAUACCCUUCCCCUGGAGUCUGCUCUGUCCAUGACUGUUAGACUGUUAGAAUGGCUGCCUGAUGUGCAGGAGGACGUGGGAUGGAUCGGAGAACAAACGAUUAAGAUGCUACAGUGUGCUGUGACACGGGCCACCAAGACUGUGUCCAACAGGGUCUCUGCAAGGUUUUCCUACCAGUUGGAGCUGCGUCACUGCCAGUCCCUGCCUGCCCAGCUCAUCCCUGCCAGCCUGCUCCCAAGUUGGGUGAGUGGAGGCAGCUCCUCUAUCCUGGAUGUUAUCAGUCGUUUGGACCAGUACCAGAGGCAGCUGCUGCCGGGCGUCUUCUGUGUUAACAUGGACCUCCAGGGUUCCUUCUACACCAGAGGUCCCACAGGAGGGAGCCCAGUCCCAGGAGGGUCCACCAGAGCUGGGGAAGGAGGACCAGGACCAGCCUUGUCUCUUACAUCCCCCAUCAUAAACCCAGAGGAGGUAGAGGGGAUGGGGCUGAUGAUGAGGAGGCUCAGUGAAAACCACAACUCUACUGCGGCUCUUCCAGCCUCACUAUAGUAAUAUAAUGUAUGCCAUUCAGGAGACACUGAGGGCCCCCUGGGGGGGGGGCAUUUAGUAUUACAGACAGAUUCUAAUAACAAGCCAGGUAGACAGGUAGAACAGGUAUAACAGCCAGGUAGACAGGUAGAACGGGUAUAACAGCCAGGUAGACAGGUAGAACAGGUAUAACAGCCAGGUAGACAGGUAGAACAGGUAUAACAGCCAGGUAGACAGGUAGAACAGGUAUAACAGCCAGGUAGACAGGUAGAACAGGUAUAACAGCCAGGUAGACAGGUAGAACAGGUAGAACAGCCAGGUAGACAGGUAGAACAGGUAGAACAGCCAGGUAGACAGGUAGAACAGCCAGGUAGACAGGUAGAACAGCCAGGUAGACAGGUAGAACAGCCAGGUAGACACCUUCCAAUUAAAGGGACAGUGCACCAACGUGUGUUAUCUCAUCAUCGAUGACACAGUGCCUUGUUCGCUAUCAUUCUAUUCACUCACCUGCCCAUUGGGAUACCCAGGAACCUACAAGGAACCGCCGAUCUGCAUCGUGUCAAUGUGACUUUUACAAAACAUUACAAAAUAUAUUAAAGUCAUUAAGAUAAUAAACAGUAAAAAGUAUUUACUGUUGACUGUUGAUAGCAAACAUGUUCAAGGACUCGGGAUGUUACCGAUGAACCGUUUAACCGAUUAGCCCGACCGUAAAUACAUUUCACCUGGGUCAUGCUUAUCGGUCUAUAGGUUCAUUUGAACAAUUUUGUUGAAUUAAAAUUGCCACGUGUGUAUUUCCA